ACAUUGAGCUUCUUUCGAAAAAGAACAUAAACAAAAAGAGUAGCCAUGGCAAACAAGUUCCAUGUUCGCUCUAACAGUUUUCCUUCUGGAUCUCAUCCUAACAUCAGUAGAGUAGAGGAAGAGCUGAACAAGCUCAAAACUUGGGAAGCCACUAAAACAUCCACAUCAAACUCAAUUGGCACUGGCUUGUCCUUGUUAUCAGAUUUGCUUAUUUGCUUGGAAAAUAUUCUCAACAUGGCUUCAACCCAAAAGCUGAUUUCUAAUCAUCAAGGUGAGAAAUGCAUGGAAGAGAUAAUGGAUGGUUCAAUGAGAAUUUUGGAUAUCUGUGGCAUCACAAGAGACACCAUGUUACAGAUGAAGGAAAAUGUUCUAGCCCUUCAUUCUGCUCUUAGAAGGAGAAAGGGGGAUUCAAGCAUUGAAAGAAUUGUAGCCGAAUAUAAUUUAUUCUCUAAGAAGAUGAAGAAGAAUGCCAAGAAGUUGAUGACAUCUUUGAAGCAGAUGGAGAGCAAAUUUGGAGUAUCCCCAGUCUUGGAUCACGAUCAACAACUUGUUUCUUUGGUUAGAGUGAUCAGGGAAGUCAUUGUAAUGAACAUAUCUGUCUUCCAAUCCCUGUUAGAUUUCUUGGCCGUGCCUGCUUCAAAGUCAAAGGCAACCAAAUGGGUAUUGGUAGCAAAAUUAAUGCACAAGGGAGUGACAGCAUGUGAAGAGAAGCAGAAGAAUUUGAACGAGUUGCAGUGUGUGGAAGCAUCUUUAAGCAGCCUUCUGAGUGAAGGAACCAAUGUUGCAAAGAUGGAAGCUGCAAAUGAAAGAUUGGAAGCUUUGGAGAAUGGCAUUGAAAGCAUAGAAAAUGGUUUGGAGAGCGUAUUUAGGCGCAUGGUUAGAACAAGAGCCUGCCUUUUGAACAUCAUGACUCAAUAGAAACUACACACUCUUCAGUCAUCAUUUUCUCUCCAAAUUUUAUGGAUCCGUUGAGGAUUGAAAUUUUUUGUCUUGUACAUGUACACAACUCAAUAGUUACACUAUCAAUCAAAUACAACGAAAUGUUUAUACUCU